GGGAGUGAGAGGGAAAAAAAAGGGGGAGCACAUGUGUAUGCUUGUCACUAAGGGGCUGGGAGAAGGACUAAGGGAAGCGAGGUAGCUGGCCACAGCCGCCAUAUGCUGACUGGAUUCCUGUUCAUGCCUGCUGAGUGAAGACUGCAGGUUUCUGUUGUGUGCUGGCUGGGGAACACACCAUGGGAAGCUCACAUCUCCUCAACAAAGGCAUGCCUCUAGGCAUAAGACCACCCAUUAUGAAUGGGCCCAUGCACCCACGACCCUUGGUGGCGCUGCUGGACGGGCGUGACUGCACGGUGGAGAUGCCCAUCCUGAAAGAUGUAGCAACUGUAGCUUUCUGCGAUGCUCAGUCCACACAGGAGAUCCAUGAGAAGGUCCUGAAUGAAGCUGUUGGAGCUCUGAUGUACCACACCAUCACUCUGAUGAGAGAAGACCUGGAGAAGUUUAAAGCUCUGCGCAUCAUCGUUCGCAUCGGCAGCGGUUAUGACAACAUAGAUAUUAAAUCUGCCGGUGAACUCGGCAUAGCUGUUUGUAAUAUGCCAGCGGCCUCAGUGGAGGAGACGGCGGACUCUACACUCUGUCAUAUCCUCACGUUGUACCGACGCACCACCUGGCUGCACCAGGCUCUGCGGGAGGGAACAAGAGUUCAGAGUGUGGAGCAGAUUCGAGAGGUAGCAUCAGGAGCAGCGAGGAUCAGAGGAGAAACUCUGGGACUCAUAGGCCUUGGUCGGGUGGGCCAGGCCGUAGCCCUCCGAGCCAAGGUUUUUGGCUUCAAUGUGAUUUUCUACGACCCUUAUUUGGCCGAUGGCGUAGAGAGAUCCCUGGGACUACAAAGGGUCUCCACACUACAGGAUCUGCUCUUCCACUCAGACUGCGUCUCCCUGCACUGCAGCCUCAACGAACACAACCACCACCUGAUCAAUGACUUCACCAUCAAACAGAUGCGUCAGGGAGCGUUUUUGGUGAACACGGCCAGGGGGGGUCUGGUGGACGAAAAGGCCUUGGCUCAGGCGCUGAAAGAGGGGAGGAUACGAGGAGCUGCUCUGGAUGUUCACGAGACAGAACCUUUCAGUUUCAGUCAGGGUCCACUGAAAGACGCUCCCAACCUGAUCUGCACACCUCAUGCUGCUUGGUACAGCGAGCAGGCAUCACUGGAGAUGCGAGAAGAGGCAGCUAGGGAGAUUCGAAGGGCUGUGACAGGUCGUAUCCCUGACAGUCUGAAGAACUGUGUGAAUAAAGAGUUCCUCACCCCAAACAACCACUGGGCAGGAGUUGACCCAGCUGCAGUCCACCCUGAGCUGAACGGCGCCUAUCGCCUCCACCCGUUGAAGGCAUCGUGCCAAGCGCCGUGCCGAUCGCACACACCCUCCCGCCUGCUGUCACGCACCCUCCUCAUGCUCCGUCUCCAGGACAGAACACAGUGAAACCACCAGAGGGUGACAGAGAGCAGCAUCCCAACGAUCAACUGUAGCCUCUUUGCACACAGACACACACACUCGCCCGUGCCGACCCRCAGCUGGAGGAAGUGGCCACAGCAACGGGUGUCGAUAGCGAUAAACUCCCAAAUGAUAAAUUGUUACCAGACAGGUUCAAGUUGAACUCUAGACUCUCUGGCAAUUGCUUUCUAACAGACAUGUCACACUCCAAAGAAGAACAACGUGGGGGAUAAAAUAAAAGUGACUUAAGAGGAUUAGAUAACUGUUAGAUGUUGUAAUCAAAGAACAAGACAUAUAUCCUCAACCCCGACAAGAAUUUGAUGUUCUGCUCACAGACAGAUCUUCACAUUCUCAACCAGAAGUAAAAUAUAUAAAUAUAUAGCUUAUAUCUGUUGAUUUGGGGAGAAAAAAAAACUGAAACAAAAAUCACUGUCUUAGACUGUAGUGUCCAAAGUUAGAGGGGGUGGGUUUCUUGUCUUUCUCCUUUUUGUCAAUGUCCUUUCUUUAGUUUGAUGUGCAAAGAAAUAGGUUAUGAAAUGAAUGCAACCUGUCUGUAAACUGGUUUUAGACUUACAGCAAGAAGAUCCUGAUUUUUUUGUAUUGCAGUCUUUAAAAAGUGAUCUCCCCAUGUAACCAAACUGGUUUAAGAAAACAAUAUCAACCUUUUUCUGUUUUGUGUCCCCAAAUUAGCAAAGCCCCCUAAAAAGAGGCAGCUUUUUGCACACCACCUCAGGAAAUUAAGUUUCCGCAGUUUUUUUAUUUUAUUUUUUUUUUACAUUUUGUUUUAUACAUUUUUUAUGCCACUUAGUGCUUUUGUUUUUCUACCCGCUUGCCUUUUUGUGUCUUGCUACAUUAGAAAAACAAACUUUAACAAAGAGAUAAAGUUGAUCUAAUGUUUGCGCUUGUUGGUUUUGUUUAGAGAGCAUGUCAUUUUGCUCUUGGGACUUGUGUAAAUGUUUGGCCCAAGUUAGAGGAGUAGUGGGAGGACUGGCUGUGGAGAAGUGGGAAAACGGUAUGCUUGUUGGGAUGUUGAGUUUUUGUCUUAGUUUUAGUUCAUAAAUUGGCACAGUGGUACGCUGAAAGGCUGUAAAAUCCUACACAGUUUGACAAAACAUCUUUUAUAGAAGAUAUCUGUUUUUCUCUGAUUUGAGGCUUCUUGUGUCACUAAGUUGUACAGCUCAGAGAGAACUGACAGUUUAAAACUUUGUUUCCAUGUGAUGCUUAUCCAGUAUUUAUUGAUGCUGCCUUUAGAGCCAUGUGUCUAAUUACACAACAGAUUUACCAUUUUAUCUCUAGAAAGCUUAAUUAAAAGACUACAAAGCUUAAAAGUUUUAUCAACUUUCUAAAAGAAGAAACAUACAACCUAAGCCUAUGGUAUUCCACAUACACAAACAACAUUUCAGCACAAAGACGUCGACGUGAAGCACAGAAGCAUGUCAGUUCCUUCAGACAGGCAUCCCUUUAACAUUUCAACCUGGAUCUUCCCUAAGUAUACCAUUUAACCACCUUCUGUGGCCUCUGUGUCUAUGUGUACAUAUGGUGUUCUGCCUGCCUGUGUCAAUGUGACUUGGUUGUAUCUGUGUCUAACAAAAAAAAAAAAGCAGCACUGGGAGAAGGGGUUCUAGCAAGUACUUUCCACGCAGCGCAAUUACAAAGACUCCUAUCUAAACUUCACAUGGUAACAUUCUGUAAAAGUUUGGAAUGGUCCAAACGGAAGUUGUAACCUAGCUAUAAAUGGUGACGUUAGCAUAUUACUAGUGCAACUUCACAACCUUAUUAUUAUUAAUAUUUUUUACAUAAUGAUUCCAGUUCUGCUGUUAUUAGACCAAUCUUUUCUGGAUCCCCUCCUACCAGCAGCUGAGUAGUAUUAAAAAAACAGUUUACUGUUGCCUACCUGGUCUUCUUUAUGGUGAGGUAGUAAGCGUAGCAAUCAGGGAUGGACAUUUCUCUAGCCGUUGCUGAGCAAUUUAUAGGCAGCGUUGGAUUUUCUUUGUCCAAAAGUCUCGAGUGAGUCCURCAGAGGAGAAGGUACUGUCAGGAUCAAACAUCCUAAACUACAACUUAAACUUUGAUCUUUAUCUUUCUUGACAGGAUGCCUGUCUUUUUGUGGAGGAUAAACUCUUUGCCAGUUCCUUCUAAAAAAAUWAAUUCAAAACAUUCCUCCUUCAAACCUAUCGGUGCCACAAUAAAAACAACAGCCAUGCGUUUCAAGAGUUURGGUGCUCCUUGAAAUUCCAUCCCUGGUAGUAACACACAGUCCACUGUUGCCUACCUUAGUCCCUUUUAUGGUAAGUAGUAGGCGUAGCAAUAUACAGUAUACAUAAUUUAUAUUCUAAAGUAAAUAUCAUUAUUUUUGGUCAAAUAACAUCAACCUGAAAAAGAUACGUUUGUGACUGUUUGCAUUUGUAUGAAUUAUUUUAAAAAGAAAUAAACUGUGGAAAGGUGA